GUGAACAAGUUCUCUGGUAUCUAAAGCUGCGCCCACAGACAGUUGAGAAAAAACGCAUCACACAGUGUUUAACUUCGAUACUCUCGAAAAGGCUUCGUGAGGAAAAAAGGCAAUCGACGCUAAUAAACUCUCUUCAUCCAGAUUCAUCUUUUUUACGAUACCUGCUGUAAUGGACUCCGUAUUCUCAAACGUCGUUCGUGCUCCCGAAGAUCCUAUUCUCGGUGUGACGGUUGCUUACAACAAUGAUCCAAGCCCAGCUAAGCUCAAUUUGGGUGUCGGUGCCUAUCGAACUGAGGAAGGGAAGCCACUUGUUCUUGACGUGGUUCGAAGGGCAGAGCAACAGCUUGUGAACGAUCCGUCCCGGGUCAAGGAAUAUAUUCCUAUUGCUGGACUUGCUGAUUUUAAUAAACUCAGCGCCAAACUCAUCUUAGGUGCUGCUAGUCCUGCAAUUCAAGAGAGUAGAGUUGCUACAAUCCAGUGCUUGUCUGGUACUGGUUCUUUGAGAGUUGGUGCUGAGUUUCUCAAAAAACACUACCACCAAAGUGUCAUUUUCAUUCCAAAACCAACUUGGGGGAACCAUCCCAAAGUUUUCAACCUGGCUGGCUUGUCUGUGGAGUACUACCGUUACUAUGAUCCUGCGACCCGUGGACUUGACUUCCACGGCUUGCUCGAGGAUCUGGGCGCUGCACCAUCUGGAGCGAUUGUCUUACUUCAUGCAUGUGCUCACAAUCCCACUGGAGUUGACCCAACCUCCGAACAGUGGGAACAGAUUCGACAACUAAUAAGAUCUAAAAGCUUGUUACCGUUUUUUGAUAGUGCAUAUCAGGGUUUUGCUAGUGGUAGCCUUGACACAGAUGCACAUUCCGUCCGCACCUUUGUUGCUGAUGGCGGUGAAUGCUUGAUAGCUCAAAGUUAUGCCAAAAAUAUGGGACUCUAUGGGGAGCGUGUUGGUGCCCUUAGCAUUGUCUGCAAGUCAUCAGAUGUGGCUAGUAAGGUUGAGAGCCAGGUGAAACUUGUUGUGCGACCCAUGUACUCGAGCCCACCUAUUCAUGGAGCAUCAAUUGUUGCCACCAUUCUGAAAAGCAGUGAUAUGUACAAUGACUGGACCAUCGAGCUGAAAGGAAUGGCUGACCGCAUUAUUAGCAUGCGCCAACAGUUAUUUGAAGCUCUACAAACUAAAGGCACACCUGGUGAUUGGAGUCACAUUAUCAAACAGAUUGGGAUGUUCACUUUUACUGGAUUGAACAAGGAGCAAGUUGCCUUCAUGACCAAAGAGUUUCACAUUUACAUGACAUCUGACGGGAGAAUAAGCAUGGCAGGUCUCAGUUCGAAGACAGUGCCUCACCUGGUCGAAGCUAUACAUGCUGCAGUUACCAGUGUCGCCUAAACUAAAGCGAGACGAUAUUUUUCUUGUUUCGUUGAAUAAAAUGAAAUUUUCAAAAACAAAAAAAACAUCUUCCUUGGUUUAUAGACUAAGGAUUUUCCCAUUGGUAUCAUAUGUUUCCUCAUAUCUUUUUGGCUAAGGAUGUUUGAACCAAACAAACCGAGUAUUGCGACACUGAAAUCUUCAAUGUUGAAGGAAAAUAUUGGUUAUUAGUA